GUACUUUGGUUUGUUUUUCUUGUAAAUUGUGAAAUUUCCAUACACUUCCGUGUGCACUUCAUGACACAGACACAUCACCCACCGAAGUCUGCGCUGGAGUGUGACUUAAAUCUGGCAUCUGCAUUGGUCAAGGCCUGAGGUCUUGCUUUAUUGCCCAAUCGAAUUGCUUUUGAUAUACGAUAAGCAAGAUAAGCAUUAUUUAUGCGCCGCAUAAAUCAAUUGUCCUAUUAAAACUUAUGAAAUAUUGUACAAUCUCUCUCAAGCUGCCGUCUUUCAAUUGUUCGCUGCACAUCUCGUGACACACAAUCGCUCUCGAAACGAAACUCAAUUAAAUAAUCACCCAUAAUAAGCGUGGUCUCCACAAAAGUCUCCCCAAGUCUCCGCACAUGUUUGCCACCGCUGCUGCUGCUGCUGAUGCUACUGUUGCAGUGGAUCGUCAAUCUAGUUGCAAAAUGAAACGGGAACGCGUCGCAUCUCUGUGUCUCCUCGGGAGCCUGUUAAUCUCGAUCUGUUCGGUUGCCUGCGCUGCACCGCAUAGUAAAAGCGAUGACAUUAUCAUGGUCGAGGACAUUGUGAGUCUGAGUCCAGGUGACAAGGAGGACACCAACGUGGCGCUAAUCACAAUGAGCGAGUCCAACUCCAGCGAGGAGGACAGCUCAUCGGCCAGCAAAGAGGACAAUGCGUCCGACGAUUUGAUUUUUCUGACACGCAAAAGUCAGACAUCAAAUGCAACUCAAACUCAAACCAAAGCCCAUGUGGAUAGCUCGGCAUCUGAGGAAGAACUGGAGGAGGAGGAGACAACAACAGCAACUUCGACUGUGUCCCCCAUAGACAUGUCUGCGUUUGUGGCACUAAUUCCUACACAACAAGUGCAUGCAAUUGUCAGCGAUUACCAUCGCAAUGACGCGGAGGUGCAACGGGCCUACAGAAUCCUCAGCAGUCGCUACUUCGCCGAAAAGAAGCAGUUGCUCAUCCAGUUGCCGGAAGUGCAGGCCUUCACUCGUUAUUUGAAUGCCAGUGGCCUGGAUGUGCUCAAGCUGGUAAAGGACGUGUUGCGGGCCAUUGGGCCGAGCAGCACGGAAGUGCCUACGCCUCAGCCAGAGUCUGCGACUGAGUCUGCAUCUGCGCCUGCAGAGGACAUCAGCAGCUCAGCGUGCAACGACGUGGCAUUGCCCCCAGAUAACCUCGAACCCCAAACGAACAGCACAAGGGAACAGGUGAAGGGACUACAGGGAUUGGUCGAUAGUGUGCUGGAAGCGCUGCCACAGGAUCAAAUAUUGGCCACAUUUUUCGAUAAAAUCGAAGCGGAUCAACAGUUCUCGAAACUCAUCGACAGCAUUGGCACGCCCAAGUUCUCCAAAAUUCUAAGCAAUCUGCAGAACUCUGUGCCGCUGCGUUAUCAGCUUGGCGAGCUGCAAAAAUGCCGUAUCAACAUUGGCCAAAUAGUUGAAUCUCUCAAGUCGUAUUUCUUCCUCUCGAGUUUCUAAUCACGAAUUUGUAAACACGCAACAAUUAAACGAUGUGUUCCACUUUUGAUAACGCAAAACGGGACGAAUUUGAAGCAAGCA